GUUGCCCCGCGCGCAUAUCUUUUACCACGGGAUGGCGCGCUUUUCACAGUGCACGAGGAUUGAAACUGUACUGUUGGACAACUUGGGACUGUGCGUCAUUUGCAUGGUUUUGGUCGGUUUUUAACCGAUAUCAAACUCUUAAUUAUUUCCGUUGUGAACUGACUGACGUCAACAAAAUAAAAGGGCCCAUGCCAUGCCCCCAUAGCAGCUCCUGGCCUCAGGCUGGCCCAGAGUGAGUGCGGGUCAAACCACGUCUAAACAGAUCAGACAUUGGACCAGACCAAGCUGAGGUGGGCCCAAGCAGGCCAUAGUGAAGCGGAGCCACCAUGCACCAGCUGUUUGGCCUGGUACUGGGCCAGAGGGACCUGUCCCGGGCCGGAGACCUCUUUUCCCUGGAUGACUCGGAGAUAGAAGACUGUCUCUCACAGGCCCUGGAGGAGAUCAAGACAAUCUCCUGUUCACCUGACUACCUGACCAAUGACAAUGACCAGGCGGUUGUGGAGAUCUGCAUCACACGCAUCACAACGGCGAUCAGGGAGACCCGGUCAAUCGAGCGCCACGGGGGGGCCUUGGUGGGUCUGUGGGAGUCCUGUCUGGAACACAACCUCACACCCCAGGGCAAAGACGAAGACACGCCUCACGCCAAGAUAGCCUCCGACAUCACCAGCUGCAUACUUCAGAACUACAGUCGUCCCCCCGUGAUGGCUCUAGCGGUGCCGGUGGCGGUGAGGUUUCUGCAGAGAGGCAACAGAGAGCUCAGCAGAAACAUGUCCAGCUAUCUCUCUCUGGCGGCCAUCGCUAAGGCUGACCUACUGGCAGAGCACACAGACGCUAUCACCUGCAGCGUGCUGGAAGGUAACCACAUGCUUCUACGUGUUCUGCCAUCAGUCUACCCGAAACAGCCUGACGCCAUCCAUCAUCACCUAGUCAACUUGAUGGCCAUGAUGUCACAGCUUGAGUCACCUGAGCAACAACACCUACUAAGGCUUAUCCAGAUGGUCGCCGAGGAACAUCCGCUGGCAUUAAGCCCCCUGGUGCCAGGCCUGGUCAGUUACCUAGAUGAUGCCUCUCUGAAUGAGACCCUACUGGGUGCGCUUGUGGACGUGUCACAGGCUAGCCCCGCAUCCCUGGUCCCCUUCCUGCCCGCACUGAGGAUUGUGGGUCAGCAGUUCCCAUCUCUCCUCGGACACCUGGCCAAGAUACAUGGAGCCGUAGGCAUGCUUAGUGAGUGUCAGGCCCAUAGAUCCCUGGUCUACCUGGUGUCCUUACUGGGCAGAAUGGAGCACAGUUUCCACCAUACCCUACUGCUGGAGAUCCGGGCCCUGACUGACAAAUACACCUCUAUCCUGGGGGGCUGUGGCAAGGACAUCUACAGGAUGAGUAACAGCUACACUGCUAUUUCCAGAAUACUGGGUAGAAGAUUGGAGACAGAGACUACAAUCAACUGCAGAUUUGAAGAAGACUCUGAAUCCCCCUCUUCUCCUUGUAUCUCCAUGGCCAACGUAUUUGGGGGUGCAGAGGGGUGUGGAAAUGGGUCAGGGCAGAGGCUGCAGGUGAAGAACCAGGCGUUUGAGGAGAAAAUGGGGGAGGACGGGGGAGAGCGGGAGGCAGAGGGGGGGUCAUGCACUCCCCAACGCAGAUACAGCAUGGGACAAGCAGCUAGAGAGGAACGGCGAGAUAUGAGGUUUAUCAGGUCAAAGAGUCUUGCUCUGCACGCUGUGCGCUCCAGAUCCGUCAACUCAGACAGUGGGCAGGAUGGAGAAGGGGUGGAGCUAACUUCUGACGCGUUCCUCCCAGAUUCCCUACCCAUUCAGCAUAUAGAAGCCUUCGAAGCCACUCCCACUGACAGAGAACUAACCGAUGAGAGCUCGCCUUCGCCCUCCAUCCCUCCUGCCACGACCUGUGAGGGACAGAGGGAUGAACAGGGAGAGGGGAAAGGAUGGAGAGGAGGGGUAAAGGGGGAUACUGGAGAAGAGGACAAAUUGUACAGACAUCUAAGGGACAACAUGGAGAAGAUCAAAGAGUUCUGUUCCGAGAUGGUCAAACAGAUCCCCAUACCAGAGCACUGUGUCAUAGAAGAUUCAAGUCACGGCUGCGUGGCCAAGCUGUCGUUCUCGUGCCCUCGAAAAGGGCAUUACUGUCUUUAUGCCAAGUCUUGUUUCAGCCUCACCAGCUACCAGCCGCAGCUCUGGAUUUACAUCAUGCUGCUUCAGCUACAGAGUAAGCACAGUACCCCCCUCAGCUCUCAGGAUGAGUGUGUCCAGCGGUUGGAGAGACUGUGGGAGAAAACCCAGCUGAAAGGAGCCCACAGCUUCACCAUGACCAUGACACAGCACACUGGUCCGCACAGAAAGGACCUGGACAGUCUGCAGAUCCAUCUGGAGGAGGUGCGUUUCUUUGACCUGUUUGGUUUCAGUGAAGAGGAGGGUAGCUGGCUCUGCUUCAUGUGCAAUAACCCAGAGAAGGCCACAGUGGUAAAUCAGGAUGGCCAGCCGCUAAUUGAGGGGAAACUAAAGGAGAAGCAGGUUCGGUGGAAGUUCAUCAAACGCUGGAAGACUCGCUACUUCACUUUGGCAGGAAACCAGCUCCUCUUCCGGAAGGGAAAAUCUAAGGAUGAGUUUGACGACAGUACCAUCGAGCUGAGCAAAGUGCAAAGCGUCAAGGCGGUGGCUAAGAAGCGCCGCGAACGGGGUCUCCCUCGGGCCUUUGAGAUCUUCACUGACAGUAAGACAUACGUCCUGAAGGCUCGUGACGAGAAGCAUGCAGAGGAGUGGCUCCAGUGCAUCAAUGUUGCUGUGGCACAGGCAAAAGAGAGGGAGAACAGAGAGGCCACCACCUACCUAUGACCUGGGAGAUAUUCUCUUAAACCAAACCCAGUUUACAGCCACCUGGGGACAAAAAAGGCUGUCCUUUCGUCUGACAGCUAGCUACAGUGAGGGAAAAAAUUAUUUGAUCCCCUGCUGAUUUUUUACGUUUGCCCGCUGACAAAUUAUCAGUCCAUAAUUUUAAUUGUAGGUUUAUUUGAACAGUGAGAGACAGAAU